AUGCACACAGCCGAUCUGAAUGGCACGGCGUACGACGACUAUGGGAACCUCGAAGCCAAUGCCGUCACAUUUCAUCCAGAGGGCGCUUCGAGGGGGUUCCAGUGCCGUUACCCGUUUCUCGACGCGCAAACUUGGGAGGCCUGCAACACCAACAACAGUCGCUCGUGCUGGCUGCAAUAUAAACAGGCCGAACAGGACGGCAGCCGCUAUGGCUAUGACAUCUUCACUGACUGUGAGUGCGCCGAUCUUAUCAUGUAUACCUUCGACGUCGCCAACAAGGUCAUAUACCCAGACGGGGUUGCCAAGAACGCCAUUCUCUUCAAUUCUCAGUAUCCAGGACCGAUGGUCGAGGCCUGCUGGGGCGACGAACUGGUCAUCACCGUCACUAACCUGCUUCCUACCAUGGGCACCCAAGUCCACUGGCAUGGCGUCCGACAGCUCCACACCAACGACAUGGAUGGAGUGCCCGUCACCCAGUGUCCGGUGGCCAGGAACGACAGCUUCACCUACCGGUUCAUGGCGCUACAGUAUGGCACCACAUGGUACCACAGCCACUACAGGCUGCAGUACGCCGAAGGCCUCGAGGGUCCCAUAGUAAUCCACGGCCCAGCCAGCGGCGACUACGACCUCGCCACCCCCGAGCCGCUUUUCAUGGCCGACUGGGUCUACAGGAGCGCCUUCGAGGAGUUCGACGCCGACGAAACGAGUCUCAAUGUGCACGGCGGCCUGUCCGACACUAUCCUGCUCAACGGCAAGGCGGGCAAGAACUCACACGGGGGACAGGGGUUCUCGCCAGACGACAUGCGCGCCUAUAAGAUAGUCGACGCGGUCCCUGGUAAACGGCAGCAGCUGCGCAUCAUCAACGGUUCAGCUGGCACGGCGUUUGUUUUCUCCAUCGACGGACACAACCUGACUAUUAUUGCCAACGACCUCGUGCCGGUUGAGCCGUACACGACAGGCUCUAUUGUUGUUGCAAUUGGCCAGCGCUACGACGUCAUAAUCGACGGCCUCGACGACCCGGUGCCCUCAGGAAACUACUGGAUCCGGACGCAGCCCGCCGACGGCUGCAACCAUUUCCGCACGGGGGUGUUUGACAGCCGGGUCCCGGAGGCGGCGCCGUUCGACACGCGGACAGGAGUACUACACUACGACACGCCGCUGACGACGUAUAGCACGCUACCCUCAACAUUAUCGGCCACGACCAACUUCGCGUGCUUCGACGCGGCAGCGCAGCUGGCGCUCAGGCCCGUCGUGCCGUGGACCGUCGACAACGAGCCGCUGAACGAGGUCGCGCGGUCGACCUUCUACAACGCGCACCAGACCGCUAACGACCAGACUCUCGGCCGGGCCGGCAACUACUCGCACUGGCUACUUCAAGUAGACCCACUCGUCGAGCAGAGGACGGGCAGCUCGAUGCACAGCCCAUUUUGGAUCGACUUUACGAAUCCCACGCUGCUCAACCUCACGGGCGCCGGGAGCGAUCCGCAUUACAAUAUAAUUCGCUACCCGUACCGCGCGCAAGACGGCUUCAUCUACAUGAUCAUCGACGGGGCGCUGCUACCCGGCACUUCACAGCGGGACCUGCACGGCAACAUAAUCCCGCCGACGGCGCACCCGAUGCACUGGCACGGGACGGACGUGGUGAUACUCGGGCAGGACACGGCGGCGUUCGACCCGGCGCGGAGCCCGCAGACGUGGGAGCACGCGAACCCGCCGCGGCGCGACACUGUGACAGCCCCGGCGGGCGGCUACGUGGCGGUGGCGUUCCGGCCCAACAACCCGGGCGUCUGGCUGGUGCACUGCCACAUCGCGUGGCACGCGAGUGGUGGCCUGGCGUUGCAGAUGGUCGUCGAGGACGAGGCCGACCCCGGGCAGCACAUCUACCGCGCCAUUGGCCGGGCCGCCGUCCGCACGCUCUCCGACGGCUGCGCCGCGUACCGGCGGGACCUAGCCAGGCCCGACCUUCCGCCCAUGCGCGAGAAAGAUGACUCUGGUAUUUGAGACGUUCUGGACGGCGAGACCUCGUCGUUGGAAGGGGAAGGUGGCGGACUCUGGGCAAAGAGACACUAUGCAGGCUACUAACCGGAACAAGUAGUUCUACAAGACAAACUUAGAUGCGUCUAUCGUUAAUCUGAGAAUAUACGCCUAAUGAGAACCUCUUAAAUGUCUUGCUGGUGCCAUCUAAGUUUUGAUGAAUCAUGAUCAAAAGGGUCUUGAGAUAGUUAUUUGGCUUCAAUCACGGCGGCUCUUGCCAGCGCCGUCCACGACCACGUGCCUGCGGUCAAAGCCAUGAUGGUAAUGUUUUCCCUGUGAUCCUGUCAAGAGCACAGCACCGCAUC